AUGGAGAAACUUACAGGUAGAAGAACCCCGCUCAGUGACGGAAAGACUCAAGGGUUUUCGAAAAUCGUUUCUGGGACGUCAACUAGUGCAUCUUCCUCCACCGCUGCUGCUGCUGCAAGUUUCCAGAAUUCCUCGACCGCGACCACUACUGGCACUACAUCUGCAACUUCUUUACCAUCUGAACAAGUAGAUCAACGUAAAGGUGAGGACCUCGCGGCAGUUUCAUGCGC